AUGAACGUGAUGGCAGCUGACGUGUGCAGCCACGUCAAGGUGGUGGUACGAGUAAGGCCUGCCACUGAAAAUGAGAAACGAAAAAAAUGCUGGAACGUGAUCCAGGUCGUCGAUAACCACAUGCUCGUAUUUCACCCCAAAGAAGAGGACCAGUCAUGCUUUGGCACACAAAGAGUCCGAAACAGGAAUAUUAACAAGAGGGCUAACAAAGACCUCAAGGUUGUUUUUGAUGAGUACUCGACACAACAAGAUCAUUUUGAGAAUACUGCCAAAGGUGUACUGGAUGGUGUGAUGAACGGCUUCAACUGGACAGUUUUUGCCUAUGGAGCAACUGGAGCUGAUAAACACACGAUGUUAGGCUCACAAAGUGAGUCUGGGGUGAUGUACCGCACCAUGAAUGAGCUGUUCCGGCGCAUGGAUGAUGCCAAGGAGGAGAAAGCGUUUAUGGUGGCAUUUUCUUAUCUUGAGGUUUACAAUGAACAGAUCCGAGACUUAUUGGCAAAUGCAGGCCCCCUGGCAGUCAGAGAAGAUCGUUCAAAAGGAGUAGUCGUCCAAGGUCUCACUCAACACAAGCCAAAAUCUGCUCAGCACAUACUUGAGGCAUUGGAUUUUGGCAAUCGCAACCGGACCCAGCACCCCACUGAUGCAAAUGCCACUUUCAGAUCCCAUGCUGUCUUUCAGAUCUAUUUGCAGCAAUAGGAAAAAAACGCCAGUCUCAAUACAAAUGUCUGCGUUGCUAAAAUGAGCCUAAUAGACCUUGCAGGAUCUGAGAGGACAAGCGCCACCAAUGCCAAAGGGGCAAGGUUGCGAGAAUUGGCCAACAUCAACCGCUCACUCAUGGCCCUUGGAAAUGUUAUACAUGCGCUUGCUGACCCAAAGACUAAGAAAACAAACAUCCCUGACAGAGACGGCAAACUGACACGGCUGCUGAAGGAUUCUCUGGGAGGAAACUGCCACACAGUCAUGAUUGCCAACGUCAGCCCGUCCUCGCUGUCUUAUGACGACACACAUAACAUGCUGAAAUAUACCAACAGAGCAAAGGAGAUAAAGUCCUCUCUUAAGAGUAAUGUCAUGAGUCUGGACAGUCACAUCGGCCAAUGCGCAGUGACAUGUGAGAAGCAGUGGCAAGAGAUUGUGCAAUUAAAGCAGAAACUUAAAUAGUACGAAGAGAGGGGAACUGUGCCGAGCACCGCCAACACCUCCCAUCUCAGCAACAAGCAGAGAUAA